GCCCGGGCCAGGCCCGCCCCCGACGCCGAGGCGGCCGCGCCGAGCCUACGAGAGCCAAAGCGGGAGCGCGGGCCGCCGGCACGGACCCUCCCCCGUCUCCUCCCGAGGCCGCCGCCCCCGACGCCCGGUGUGCCCGCCCUCCGGCCCUCCCCGCUUGACCCUCCCCCGGCGGGGGCCGGGUCCCCGCGCCGCCCGGAGGGAGGCCGGCUCCCUCCCGGGGGCGGCCGCCCGCGCCCCCGCACCUGGCGCCCCCUCCCUGAAGGGCACGCCGUCCUCCCGGGCCGGCCCGCCUCCUUCCCACCCCCGCGCUCCUAACGGUAGCUCUCCGGCCCUCGGAAGCCCGGCCCAGGCCCCCCGCCUACCCCCGCCCGCAUCCUCCGCCCGGGGGCCCGGGACCCUAAUGCCCGGUUCUCCCCGGAGAUAUCCACCAACGCGCCUCCGGUUUCUUAUCGGCCUGAGCUGGGCCUGGCGGGUCUUAAAGUCCAAGCUUUCCGUGACUUCUGGCUAACGUGGAAGCCUCUCCUCUUAACCACAGCACUUCGCCUGGGUCUUCGCCUAAAUUUCCUUUCAGCGAGCGACAUUAGUGCUUGGUCAUUGGGGUCUUCUUCCUCCCGGUUGCCCGGCCGUGUGAAACACCUUAGUCUGUCCUGUCGCCGGGCUGGGCCCUUCCCAGCCCAUCUCCCCUGAUGCAGCAGCUCCCCAGUCACGGCCCCUCACACUUUGCCUUUUUUUUUUUUCCAAGUUAACUUUAAAAAGACCCUCAUCUCACACGUCUUACCCAGCCAUUACUAGAAUUCCCAGUGAGCGUACAGGUCUGGUCCAUCAUAGGGCCAGGCCUAGCCCCGGGGAUAGAUGCUCAACCAGUACUUGUUGGCCAGCUCUUUCUUCCAGUCACCCCAGUCUCACUCCCCUCUUGCUUCUCAUUGCUGCUUUUCCAGAGAUCAGCCUCCACAGCCUUUCUGCUGCCUGAGAGCUGACACGCGGUUGCAAUUUAGCCCCCGCCCCUUGGCUUGCAUCUGAAACACCUUGGGUACCAACAGGCUGGUCCCCUUAGCUUCUCACAGUGUGGGUGUUUGCUCUCUGGUCCUUCAUCGGUACCGUUCCCUGUGCAGUCCCAGGCCACCCACCCUCACCCCAGACUCAGUUUUAUUUCCUAGAUGGUAGGUCUAGUGUGUCACUGGGCAGGGUUGGAACAGAUCUGGGCGUUGUGUGGCUGCCAUGGCCUGGACCAGGGACCUCGAGGGGUCCCACAUGGUGAUUACAGUCAAGUGAGUUCUGUUCUUAGACUCCUGGCCUGUCUUUCUCAGCCAGCAGAUAUGUCAGUGUUGUCUGUGGUUUGAUGGAUUAAAGGACCCCAGUUUGCCCUGGCUUUUACAUCUGUAGUUGGAGUUUGGGAUAGGAAAAAAAAAAAAAAAAGCCCCCCUUUAGAGCAGAGGAGGUGAGAAGUGGCUACGGGAAGGAUUUUUUUGUUUUUUUUUUUUGUUUUUUUUUUUUGAUGUGGACCAUUUUUCAAGUCUUUAUUGAAUUUGUUACAGUAUCGCUUCUGUGUUUUUUUUUGUAUUUAUGUUUUGGUUUUUUGGCUGCGAGGUAUGUGGGAUCUUAGCUCCCCAACCAGGGAUCGAACCCACAGCCCCUGCAUUGGAAGGUGAAGUCUUAACCACUGGACAGCCAGGGAAGUCCCUAUGGGAAGGAUUUUAAAAAUUCUAACGAGAAAUUAAAAAUGGUUUAAAACUCACAAAGUGUGCUUGUGAAUUCGGGAUGGUUCCUGCUGCACAUGUGCCCCUUCUCCAGUCUCAGGUAGGGUGUUGGAGACGUCAGUGUCUCCUAUCAGGGCAGCUGCAGCCUCUCUUCCUUGUUUUCUCUGCCUGGAGCCCAAGACUGGGCAAGUGGGCAGAAGGGAUCAAAUGAGGUAAAGUGUGAAAGUGUUUUGCAAACUGUUAACUAUGAGACAUGCUGCGGGGCGUUGUUAUGAUGGCUCAGAGGGCAGAGCUGGGAAAACUGACCAGCUGGGAAGAACAUGGGCUUGCACCUCUUUUUAAGUCUCAAGAGUUCUCCUACCCCGCAUGGAGAAUCUUUCCAUCCUGAGAAAGGGCGGAGUCGCCUCCAACAGGCUUGGGGCUGGGUGGUUGCUCAAAUGUUGGGGAAUUUGGUAUUGUACUUCUGUUAAUAGUGGUACCUUCCUGUGCCAAAGCACAUUGCUCUGGAUUGGGGCUAAUUUUCGCGGUGAUGGAAUGAGGAAAUAACGUUCUUAACUUAGUGUGUACUGGGACUGCCUAUUCUCUGGAUUUUUUCCUUCUCCUGUAAGUUCUGAACCCCAGAGAACAGGGUCCCCUCGUGUUCCCUCAAGCCUGUCGUGAGCACCCACGACCAGUGUGUGUCCUCUCCCUUGGACUCCGGCAGGGGGCAGUCUUUUAAGAGCAGUAAUUCAGGUGUUCAGGGAGUGAGGGUAUGAUGAGGCUUGAGAAGGAGAAGGGGGCGGGGUGUGGAUAGAUGUGGCAGACAGAUGCUGAGAGGUGGGGGCUAAGCACAACAUCCUUAGGUCAAGUAGCCGGGGAGGGAUGCUGUCUCCGUCCGCUGCCUGCCACCUCCUCCUCUUUCCUUCACUGGAAGGGGAUCCAAAUGCUGGGCUUUCAAAGUUUGUGAUAGACUCAGGACAAUUUUGUUUAAUCUAUUCUUUUCCCGAGGAUUUCCCUCCUGGCAGGAUUGCAGGUUUCUCUCAUGGGACAGUGUAAUUAGGGAAUGAUUUCCUUGCUCUUCAGAGGCAGGAAUGAGCUGGAGUAAAUUUGGUUUCUCUUGUCUUACAUUCUUCCCCAUAAACAGACAAUAGGUAUGGUUACCUUCUGCCUGCGGCACACAGUGGGGUUUCUUAACUGUGCCCCUGUUGGUAAUCCGGGCCCAGACAGCUCUUUGCAGUGAGGGCCGUCCUGGGCAGCGUAGGAUGUUGAGCAGCAACCCUGGCCUCUGCUCACUGGAUGCCAGUGGCAUUUCCCAGUCAUACUGACCAUAAAUGUCCCCCGACAUUGCCGCAUGUGUCCUGGGAAGCAGAGUUGCCCCCAGCUGAGAAGCGGUGGCUUUGACGAAGGGCGUGGGAAAGACGCACGCCUGUUUGGAGCUAGAAACGGUGGGGCGCGUGUGUGCUGCCCACAGUCGGAGGGCCAGGCAGCCACCGGGCUUCUGGGAGCCAGGCCUCCCCUGGCUGGGCCCGCCUGGACGCUUGACCUUUCUCACCGGCCGCUCCUCCACUUCCUCUCGCCUGAUUGCCUGUCUCUCUCGCCUCCGCAGUUUCCCUGCUUCUCACACCGGGAGCCAGCGCUUUUUCUCAGUUCGCUCCUUGCAACCAGGACAGAAGGGCGACGGCUGAAGUGGGAAGCGCCCGGCGGCCAGCCGCCUUUGCCACUCCCUGGAGGGGUGGGAGGAGUUGUGGAGUCUUGGAGUCGAUGGGAACUGUGGAGGUGCUCCGGUCCCGCCUCCGCCCCAGCCAGUGAGGGAAGCCCUUACACGGCUCCCUGAGACCCUGCCCUGCCCCCAUCUGCUUGGCACCACCAGGGAUGUGCCGCCUCCUGAGAGCCGCCUCCGCUGUUCCUUAGAGGGACGGGUCGCUGCCACCACCACAACCGCUUCUGUCAGCCUCAGUAACUCUGACCUUAUUCCCGCUUUGUGGUGAGGGAGCCUUCUUCCUAGCUUGUAUCACGGUAACGUCGUUCCCUCCUUGGCUCUCUGUCCUUACGAUCGGGCUCUUCCAAUCCCAGGGACCGGGCCUCGGUGUUGACUCCGGUCUGGUGAGUGAGCCCUGGGCAUGCUGGCUGGAGUGGCCGGCCACGGCCUUCAGCGCGCCCCACCUCAGGCUCUGGAAUAGCCCCCGCUCCCCUUGUACUGGGUCUCUCCCCAAACUGAGUCUCUGGAUUCUAGCUGCCAAGCGGCCAGACCUGAGUGUUCUCAGGGGAGAGGUAAUUUUGCUCCCAGACAAACUUCUCACCCUCUUAAUAACUGGCCUUUUCUCUCUCUAGAACAUUUGGGACUCCAGUGGGUUUUUUGCUUGUGUGUGUGUGUGUUUUAUCUUUGUCCUAAACAUCCACGUGUAUCUCAGGCACCCCUUCACUGAAUGCUGGGCCACUUGGCGAGAGUGCCGAGCUGUCGGGAGGUGCCUGGCGUUCCCUGCCACACCCCCAGCACCUCCGCCGGGCUCGGCCGAGUGAACUGACUGCUCGAGAGGCCUGAUGAGUGGAGGGCAGCGAUGAGGAGGAGCAGGGCCUGGGCUGCCCUGUGCUCCGUAACCAGUGGCCUCCAGGCAGCUGUGGGCCUUCUCGUUAUGCAGGACGGAGGAGGGCUGGAGGCAGGGAGGUCUGUCUCACCUUUAAUUUAACCCCACUUUCUUUUCUUCGCCCCUCAGUAAGGAUCUUUCCCAGAUGUGAAGGUCCCUCCCUGGGCACUGCUCUGGUCAGACCAACAUCCAGUUGCCUGGGGACCCUGGUUCACUCCAGCACAGGCCCUUGCCUGGAGAGAGCCCGGCCCCUGCCCUGCCUGCUUCCCUGGGCAAGGCUGCCAGGUGUUUGGAGAGUGAACACCCGGUACCCCCUCCCCUGCUCAUCCCCUCGACCUCUAGGACACGCCCAGCUCCACAAUGGCAGCAGAGACCCUCAACUUUGGGCCUGAGUGGCUGAGGGCCCUUUCUAGUGGUGGCAGUGUGGCCUCCCCACCCCCAUCCCCCGCCAUGCCCAAAUACAAGCUGGCCGACUAUCGCUACGGGCGAGAGGAGAUGCUGGCCCUCUAUGUCAAGGAGAGCAAGGUCCCCGAUGAGCUGCAAGACAAGGAGUUUGCUGCGGUGCUGCAGGAGGAGCCGCUGCAGCCCCUGGCGCUGGAGCCUCUGACUGAGGAGGAGCAGAGAAACUUCUCCCUGUCAGUGAACAGUGUGGCUGUGCUGAGGCUGAUGGGGAAAGGGGCUGGUCCCCCCCUAGGUGGCGCCUCCCGUGGCAGGGGCAGCACGCGGAGCCGAGGCCGCGGCCGCGGUGACAGUUGCUUUUACCAAAGAAGCAUUGAAGAAGGCGAUGGGGCCUUUGGCCGAAACCCCCGGGAGAUCCAGCGUAGCCAGAGUUGGGAUGACAGAAGCGAGAGGCGGUUUGAGAAGUCGGCCAGGAGGGAUGGAGCGCGAUCCGGGUUUGAUGAGGGAGGGGCUGGCCCGAGGAAGGAGCAUGCCCGCUCAGAUAGCGAGAACUGGCGUUCUCUCCGGGAGGAACAAGAGGAAGAGGAGGAGGGCAGCUGGAGACUUGGGGCAGGACCCCGGCGAGAUGGCGACCGCUGGCGCUCUGCCAGCCCUGAUGGCGGCCCCCGCUCUGCUGGCUGGCGGGAACAUGGGGACCGGCGUCGGAAGUUUGAAUUUGAUUUGCGAGGGGAUCGAGGAGGGUGUGGUGAAGAGGAGGGGAGGGGUGGGGGGGGCGGCUCUCACCUCCGGAGGGGCCGAGGGCCUGACGGCUUUGAUGACGACAAGGAUGGGCUCCCGGAGUGGUGUCUGGACGAUGAGGAUGAAGAAAUGGGCACCUUCGAUGCCUCCGGGGCCUUCUUGCCUGUCAAGAAGGGCCCCAAGGAGCCCAUUCCUGAGGAGCAGGAGCUCGACUUCCAGGGUCUGGAGGAAGAGGAGGAAGAGCCUUCCGAAGGGCUGGACGAGGAGGGGCCUGAGGCGGGUGGGAAAGAACUGACCCCACUGCCUCCUCAGGAGGAGAAGUCCAGCUCCCCAUCCCCACUGCCCAGCUUGGGCCCACUCUGGGGAGGCAACGGGGAAGGCGAUGAUGCUCUGGAGAAAGACCUGCCGGCAGCUGAAGGAGACGAUAUGAGGGCAGUGCAGCUGAGUCCUGGGGUGGGUUCACCCCCUGGCCCACCUGGAGAUCUGGAAGAUGAUGAAGGCUUGAAGCACCUGCAGCAGGAGGCGGAGAAGCUCGUGGCCUCCCUGCAGGACAGCUCCCUGGAGGAGGAGCAGUUCACAGCCGCCAUCCAGGCCCAGGGCCUGCGCCACUCUGCAGCUGCCACCGCCCUCCCCCUCAGCCAUGGCGCGGCCCGGAAGUGGUUCUACAAGGACCCGCAGGGGGAGAUCCAAGGCCCCUUCACGACACAGGAGAUGGCGGAGUGGUUCCAGGCGGGCUAUUUCUCUAUGGCCCUGCUUGUGAAGCGGGGCUGUGAUGAGGGCUUCCAGCCGUUGGGUGAGGUGAUCAAGAUGUGGGGUCGUGUGCCCUUUGCCCCUGGGCCCUCACCACCCCCACUGCUGGCCCUCACUCAGGGAAACAUGGACCAGGAGCGGCUGAAGAAGCAGCAGGAGCUGGCGGCAGCCGCCUUGUACCAGCAGCUGCAGCACCAGCAGUUUCUGCAGCUGGUCGGCAGCCGCCAGCUCCCGCAGUGUGCGCUCCGGGAAAAGGCGGCUCUGGGGGACCUGCCGCCGCCGCCGCAGCAGCAGCUCACCGCGUUCCUGCAGCAGCUCCAAGCUCUCAAGCCCCCCAGGGGUGGGGACCAGAACUUGCUCCCGACGAUGAACCGGUCCCUGUCAGCGCCAGACUCGGGCCCCCUCUGGGACAUACAUACCUCAGCCUCAUCACAGUCAGGCGGUGAGGCCAGUCUUUGGGACAUACCAAUUAACUCUUCGACUCAGGGUCCAAUUCUAGAACAACUCCAGCUGCAGCAUAAAUUCCAGGAGCGCAGAGAAGUGGAGCUCAGGGCGAAGCGGGAGGAGGAGGAGCGCAAGCGCCGAGAGGAGAAGCGCCGCCAGCAGCAGCAGGAGGAGCAGAAGCGGCGGCAGGAAGAAGAGGAGCUGUUUCGGCGCAAGCAGGUGCGGCAGCAGGAGCUCCUGCUGAAGCUGCUCCAGCAGCAGCAGGCGGUGGCUGCCGUCCCUGUGCCUCCUGCGCCCAGUUCCCCGCCCCCCCUGUGGGCCGGCCUGGCCAAGCAGGGCCUGUCGAUGAAGACGCUGCUGGAGCUGCAGCUGGAGGGCGAGCGGCAGAUGCAUAAGCAGCCCCCGCCUCGGGAGCCUUCGCGGGCCCAGGCUCCCAACCACCGCGUGCAGCUCGGGGGCCUGGGCGCCACCCCCCUGAACCAGUGGGUGUCUGAGGCUGGGCCGCUGUGGGGCGGGCCCGACAAGAGUGGGGGCAGCAGCAGCCUGGGGCUCUGGGAGGACACCCUCAAGAGCAGCGGGAGCCUGGCCCGCAGCCUGGGCCUGAAGAACAGCCGCAGCAGCCCCUCUCUCAGUGACUCGUACAGCCACCUGUCGGGUCGGCCUGUGCGCAAAAAGACGGAAGAGGAAGAGAAGCUGCUGAAGCUGCUCCAGGGCAUCCCCCGGCCCCAGGAUGGCUUCACCCAGUGGUGUGAGCAGAUGCUGCACACGCUGAGCACCACGGGCAGCCUGGACGUGCCCAUGGCUGUAGCGAUCCUCAAGGAGGUGGAAUCCCCCUACGACGUCCAUGACUAUAUCCGUUCCUGCCUGGGGGACACGCUGGAAGCCAAAGAAUUUGCCAAACAAUUCCUGGAGCGGAGGGCCAAGCAGAAGGCCAGCCAGCAGCGGCAGCAGCAGCAGGAGGCUUGGCUGAGCAGUGGCUCCCUGCAGACAGCCUUUCAGACCAACCACAGCACCAAACUCGGCUCUGGGGAGGGCAGCAAAGCCAAGAGGCGGGCACUGAUGCUGCACUCGGACCCCAGCAUCUUGGGGUACUCCCUGCAUGGACCUUCUGGUGAGAUCGAGAGCGUGGAUGACUACUGACCAGCCCGUCCCACCAGCACCCUGGGCUAUAGGCCAGGGGCAGCAGCAACGGCUUGGACCCCUGGGUCCCCGGCCUGCAGGCUCCCCACGAGGAGCAUAGGAGGAAGCAGGGGCAGGGUCCCCAGCACUUGUUACAAACCACACGAUGCACCUUAACUCACCCACCACGAGGCACUUUACAGAUUGGGGGGAAGGGUUUUUUUGUUUUGUUUUUGUUUUUAAUUUUAAACAACAUUGAAGAAAACAUUAGAGACAAAAAAAAAUUGUUAAGAAGGAGACUCUAAGCACUCCCUUUCCCUUUUGGGGAUGGGGGAGCAACAAUGGAAGAUCCACAGAGGUUUUUGUUUCGUUUUUUUUUCUUUUUUUUUCUUUUUUUUUAAGAAAAAAGAAAAACAAAAAAAAUGGUU